AUGGAUGAUGCUCCUGAGCUCCGGACUGACGGUAACUCUCUCCUGAAGGCGGUAUGGUUGGGGAGGUUGAGGCUGACCAGGCUGUUGCUGGAAGGUGGGGCAUACAUUAAUGAGAGCAAUGAGAGAGGGGAGACCCCCCUGAUGGUCGCAUGUAUGACCAGGCACGUGGACCAGCAGAGUGUGUGCAAAGCCAAGAUGGUGAAGUACCUGCUGGAAAACCAGGCGGACCCCAACAUCCAGGACAAGGCGGGGAAGACCGCGCUGAUGCACGCCUGCAUUGAGAGAGCUGGCGAGGAGGCAGUCUCUCUGCUGCUCACUAACGGGGCAGAUCCCAGUCUGGAGGAUCACUCCGGGGCAUCUGCCUUGGUUUACGCCAUCAACACUGACGAUAAAGAGGUUUUAAAAUGUCUUCUCAAUGCCUGCAAAGCCAAAGGAAAGGAGGUGAUCAUCAUCACUACUGACAAAUCUCCUUCAGGGACCAAAACAACAAAGCAGUAUCUCAAUGUCCCACCUUCCCCGGAGCUAGAGGAGAGACACACUCCGCCUCACUGUAUGUCUCCCUCUGACAUUGAACUCAAGACAUCACUAACUCCAUCUCCCAUUGAUGACCAGGAAAGCGAGAAGACCUUUAACUUUCAGGUGUUGUCACACCAGAGCGGCGGUUACACCAACAAACCCCACAAUGAGCCCAGCUCCCCAACCAGGAAGGUCAACCCCAAGAGAAUGGGGACUCGCUUGCCGCAGCUGAAGAGGCUCCAGUCUGAGCCCUGGGGCCUGAUCGCUCCCUCUGUCUUAGCGGCUGCUGCCCUCCAGGAGGAGGAGUGUAAACGGGCCAGCCCCGAGGAGGAGCUCAUUCAGGGCAUCAACGGCCUGGCGCUACCCAAACGCACCAACUUGUCCAGAACCAACAGCAUUGAGACUAAAGACCCGUCCACCUUCCCGUUUGUGGGUGACCCGACCUGCCGCACCCCGUCCACCUCGGCUCCAGUUUCCCGCAAACAAUCGUAUGAGAAAAGCCAGAGCCAACACCAGCCCCUAGCCCGGAGGAGUACCCUCCCGUCAGAGCAGGACACAGGAGCGGUCAGCCUGAGGGACACCGUGCACCGCAGGAGGCUGGGCAAUGACCAUUACGACUCAGACUCCCAGCUUUACUCAGACUCGCUCUCCAACCCAUUCGAUUCCAUCAAAAUCACAUUCGAAAGGAAGAAGCACAACACCUCUCCCCUGACGCUGCUGACCAGCUCCCGGGAGUCCCUGGACAGUGUCUCCAGCACCUCCCCGGGCUCUGUCCGCCGCCGGCCCCCUGGCCUCCUGGAGAGGAGGGGCUCUGGGACCCUCCUGCUCGAUCACAUCUCCCACACCAGGCCCGGCCACCUGCCCCCACUGAAUGUCAACCCUAACCCGCCCAUCCCUGACAUCGGCUGCAACAGCAAACCGUCCUCGCCGCUGACUAUGGGCCUGAAAUCCCUGGUCCCUGUCGCACCAUCUUCACCAAAACGGAAUGAGAUGAAAACCAAAAAGAAGCUGGUGAGGAGGCACUCCAUGCAGGUGGAGCAGAUGAAGCAGCUUUCUGACUUUGAGGAGCUGAACACUUAG